AUGAGGGUGCGCGGGCGCGGCUUGGAUGCAGGGGCGGCGGGGGCGACGUCAGCGCCCACCGGCGGGCCCGCGACGGGGCGCGUCGUCACGGCGUCGAGCAAGGGCGCGAAGGGCAGCAUGAAGGCAGCGCUGGCGCAGCGCAAGGCCGGCGCGGGCGCGGCUCCGAGCUCUGAUGGCGGCGUGGAGCUUCCGAGCGCCGUGCGGUCGCUGCCGCUCGCGACGGCGUUCGCGCUCGCGACGUCCGCGCUGGACGCGAACAGCUCGUACGCCAACGCCGAGGCGGCCGCGCAGGCGCCGCACGCCGCGGCGCUGGGCCGCACGGUGUCGCCCAGCGACGUCGCGCUCCUGCUGGUGCCGAUGACGCUCUACUCGCUCUUCAGCAUGUACCGGAGCAUCAAGAACCCGCAGGCGACGGUCUCGGGGGUGUCGCUGGCGCUCACGGCGUGCUGCCUGGUGGCCAACAGCUACUUGUUCGACCUGCAGAGGGCGCUGAACUUCCUGUCGGCAUGA